GCAGGUUUGGAGUCAGAUUGGCAGGGAUCAGCAGCCUGGCUUGGAAGGAGGGGGUAUAAAAGCCCCUUCACCAGGAGAAGCCAUCACAGAGAUCCAUAAGCUCCUGAGAGGAUGGCUUCCCUUCGACUGUGCCUCCUUUGCCUCGCUGGACUGGUGUUUGUGUCUGAAGCUGGCCCUGCGGGUGCUGGAGAAUCCAAAUGUCCUCUGAUGGUCAAAGUCCUGGACGCUGUCCGAGGCAGCCCUGCUGUAGAUGUGGCCGUGAAAGUGUUCAAAAAGACCUCUGAGGGAGCCUGGGAGCCCUUUGCCUCUGGGAAGACCGCUGAGUCUGGAGAGCUACACGGGCUCACCACAGAUGAGAAGUUCGUAGAAGGGGUGUACAGAGUAGAACUGGAUACCAAAUCAUACUGGAAGACGCUUGGCAUUUCCCCGUUCCAUGAAUACGCAGACGUGGUUUUCACAGCCAAUGACUCUGGACAUCGCCACUACACCAUCGCAGCCCUGCUCAGCCCAUACUCCUACAGCACCACCGCUGUUGUCAGCAACCCCCAGAAUUGAUGGACCCAGCCCAGGAGGACCAGGAUCUUGCCAGAGCAGUAGCAUCCCAUUUGUACUGAAACAGUGUUCUUGCUCUAUAAACUGUGUUAGCAACUCAGGAAGAUGCCGUGAAACGUUCUUAUUAAACCACCUGCUAUUUCAUUCAAA